AUGCAAGUCCUCACUUAUGCCACCACCGCAGCCUUUGCCAUGUCCGCCACAAGUGUAUGGGCAAAGACCCAACUAUGUUCAGCAGACGCAUGCCUCGCAGGGGUGGCCACCUCUCCUCUUCUUGCCUACGACGAAUCAUCAUCAACCUACCUUCUUCCUGGUGAAGACUACCCUGCCUCAUCCUACUCUCCUUCGACCCCUCUCAACAGCACCAUCAGCACUGAAUCCUCAUCCAUCAGCAUAUCAACCCCAUCAGCUCCCGUAGGAUUCACCUCACCUUCCUACUCGUCUUCUGGAGACGUAUGGUCGGGCAACGACUGGGCUUUGAAAGACUGGAAGAGUGUAUAUCUACCUGAUGGCUGGUACGCCGACCUGGGCAAUGGUCAGGUCCUUUGGGGAGCGAUCCCGGAAAGGAGUCUCCUUCCCAGCAGCGCCAGAGGUCUCGGGAUCUCUGGUGCUGGUAACUCUCAAUGCGACCCUGGAUGCUCCUCUCAUGGUACUUGUACUCUCACAAACACCACAGUGAGCUGCUCCUGUGACGAGGGAUGGACUGGGUCAACGUGUAACGAAUGCUCCUCGGGAUACUAUGGCACUUUGUGUCAAGCUUGUCCAUCCAAUUGCAUCGUCUGCGACGACGGGUAUACCGGUACUGGACAGUGCAUCGGGACGGCCUCGUCAUCUCUGGAAACAUGCGAUUGCGUUCAUGGAACCUGCACAUCAGACCAAGAAUGCAUCUGCUCGGCUGGCUGGGUAACCAAUUCGACAGUAUCGGCAUCCAAUUGCAACACGUGUGCAGAGGGCUUCUUCCAGGACGCUUUUGGUGACUGCCUAGCCUGCCCCCUUGGCUGCACAGGUUGUACUUUGCAGAGUAGUACCAAUUCUACCGCCUCCUGUACCUCUUGCAGCUCCACGCUAUCCCUAUCCACUGCUGUCCCCGCUACCUGUACAACCUCGACCGGCUCUUGCUCGGACGGGACCUAUUACGAUUCUUCAACCAGUUCUUGUGAAAGCUGCUCGCCAGCAUGCUCGACCUGUACAGGUCCUUCAACAUCCGAUUGCCUUGCCUGCGCAUCUCCCAGAGUCCACCUUCAAGGAUCAUGUGUGGGAUACGACGCAUCUACUGGUGUCUGCGAUUCGGCCUUGACUCAGCUGGAUGGUAUGUUUGUGGUCAACAACGCAAAAUCGGAAUGUGACUCUUGCCCUGUCGGGUGUGCUUCGUGCAAGAUACCUAGCUUUUCCUCUGCUGCCAGUUAUGACACUCUGACUUGUCAAUCUUGCAACGAAGGCUACUUGCUCGAGGACGGCAAAUGUGUCAAGACUUGUACGGGAGGCUAUUACCUUCCCGAGGGUAGCGCUACUACCAACGGAACUUGUCAACAAUGCGACUCAUCCUGCACCAGCUGUGUCGGCACCUCAACGACCUGCACUUCCUGCCCGACCUCUCUUGCCGCUCAAGCCGGAUCGUGUAUCUCGUCCUCUUCUUGCCCGUCCGACACCAUCUACCAAAACGGGACUUGUACCCCUUGUCCUCUCGACUGCACGACGUGCUCUUCCACGUCCACUUGCGCAUCUUGCCCUACCGACCGCCCAGUCUUGAAAGACGGCAGGUGUCUGCCUUAUUGUGCCAAGGACACCUACUGGGACUCGGGUUUGGGGAGCUGUCAGGCGUGUGACUGGACUUGCGCCAGCUGCGUAGGCAGUGGGAAUGGAAUGUGCAGUACCUGUCCUGACGGGUCGAUGCUCAAGUCGGGCGAGUGUGUGUCGGUGACUUGCAACUCUGGAGGGUUCGCUUCGGGGUUUGGUAUCUGUCUGUCAGAUUUCCUCUCUACCAACACCGAAAAGUAUCUCUUUUUUAUCUUUCUCGCCAUACCGGUCGUCGCAAUCGCGCUCGCUGGCUGGUGGUACGUCCGACGAGAACGCCGGAAAACGCGGGAAGCCACCAAAGAGUUUGGCGACAAGCUCGACCAAAGCCAAGUCAACCGACGGUUGGCAGCACUCCGACUUGAAAAGGCCUUUGGUUUUGACAGAGUGUCUGUGGGUAGGGGCGGCGACAGAUCUUCUAUCCGUCAAGUCCCCGACACCAAGCAAAAGUCGCGCCUUCGCGAGCUUCUUCUUCCGUCCAAAAAGCGCCAAUCCGAUGUCGAAAUGGCCAGUAUGGACAAGAAGAGCGGCAACUGUGCACCAGAUAGGGAUAGGCGGUACGACUCUUGGGGUGUACCCAUUCUGCAUACACCGAAAGAAAGGGACAGCUGGAGUUGGGCAGCGCCUCCUCCCUAUGUCCCUUCUGCUGGAAUGCCUAGUCCUGUAGACGCCAAGGAACAACCGGAAAAGGUCAAGGAUAAGCGGGACUCGCUCGAUUCCAUUCCCACGCCGACUUUGCAGCGAUUCCCCUCCGCGCCCCGGACCCCAGUGAGAAAGAGCUCGGGGCUAGGCUCGACGGUGAUCCAUUCAAUGUCUUCUCCUUCGCCCGGGAUCCAAAGGGAGCGCGGCCUGAUGCCACCACCUAGACCGGGAAUGAGUCGCCGAGGGUCAGAGAAUAGUUUGUCGUCGGAUGAAGAGGAAGGCGAGGCAGCAAGGUUUGGCAAGGAAAGAGAGAGAGAGGGGAAAGAGAAGGGUUUAUUGAGAUGGAGCAUGGCGUACAAGGGACAGGACAACAAGGGGACCAGUGAGGUAGAUGUGGAUGAUAGGCUGAGAGAUCUCUGGCCAGCUUUGGGAGGCAAGCCCCGGGAGAGAGAAGGAUAUAUCUAG